GCGUGUCCUUUCGCUUACUUUAAUUUUUAGCUACCUCUCGUGAAAUUAUCUACAUUAUUUCUUUACUUUAUUGUGAAAAGGGAGAUAAUUCAACAUGUGGGACCACGAAAUCAGAGCUAUGGUGUCGACCCACGCUCUUAUCGCCGCUUCAAUGUUCAUGGCCACAGUGCUACCUGCAGUUUUCGUAGAGGGCUUCUCGGUGUACAGGACUCACCUGUUGUGGCUGUACUGCGCUUCUGGUGCUGUGAAUGUUGUCAGUGUGGUUGUCUUCUGGCUUCUCGGCGUAACACCGUCCACUAAAAAGCACACGCUUGGAUAUAAGCUUUCCAGGCUGUUUCGUUCCUGUCUGUACUUUUUCUUGUCAUGUCUGUUCUUCCACACUGUGGUUGUCCUUUAUGGAGCCCCACUGAUUGAUUCUGCUCUAGAAACAUUUUCUCUCGCUGUGCUGCUGACCUCACUGACCACAAUGAGGUGUCUCUGUGUUCUUGGCCCAAACGUCCAGGCCUGGAUUAGAGUGUUCAGUCGCCAUGGAGCCAUGUCGGUAUGGGACACCUGUCUGCAGAUUACAGUGGCUUGUACUCUAAUAGGGGCCUGGAUGGGAGCGUUCCCCAUACCUCUGGACUGGGACAGGCCCUGGCAGGUUUGGCCUGUUUCCUGCAGCCUGGGAGCCACGAUCGGCUACCUAACCGGACUGGUUGCCGCUCCCGCUUGGAUCCACUACCACCGCAAACACCUCACAUACAAGUGCAAGUGAUGAGCGGACGACUGUGUCCUGUUUGAGGGUCCAACCGGCGCUUGAACUUUUAAAAAUUAUUUAUCUGGCUACUGUUUGAAGCCGGUAGAGGAUGUUUUUGUAAUAGUUUUUGUAUGCACGAAGGGGACAAAUGUUUGGACAUAAAUAAAACAUUAACUAUCAGUCGCUGA